UGUAGGUAUCUAACAAUGAGUAAUGAAUGAGGAAUGACGGAUUGUGAUUGUAUACAUACGAGAUUCCAAUCGUGAAUCUUGACGGACGAUUCGGUCGACAGCUCAUCGUUUGUUUCUAACAAGUGCAAUUAACUAAUAUUAUAAACUAAAUAUUUAAGUGCUAAUUAUUGUGCCUCAUAUCAACAAGAUGUGGGAUCCGACUCAUGUUCAAGUAACAGUGCAAAAAGCAAGAGGUUUGAUAAUAAAAGGCAAAAACGGUACAAAUAAUUGUUUUGUUACAAUCUCCCUUGCUAAAGAAAAAUUUCAAACUUCCGUAAAACACAAAUCAACUUCGAAUGUAGAAUGGUUUGAAGAAUGUGAAUUACGCAUACCAUCUCAAGGAAACACCGCUGAGAUUGUUUUAAAAGUGUACGAUGAGGAUUUUGUUAAGGAUCACUUAUUAGGUCAAGUAUCGAUUCCGUUAAAAGACCUCGAUGUAUACGAACGUCCCAGAAAUCGAUGGUACCCGCUGCAAGGAAAAACUGGGAAAGAAAACGACAAAAACAGAGGUGAGUUAGAGGUUAAAAUAGGAUUUACUGUUAAAGAAGGAAGCUUAACAGAUUUGAGCAAAAAAGAUAAACAUAAAUCGUCUUUGUCUAGUAUUGCGCAGAAUGUUGGUGGUAGCCUUAUGAGUAUCGGGAGUAUCGAGAAACGUAAGAGUUUAAAGAAAUUAGCAAAAAACUUAGGCUCUAAGAUUAAUCUUACAAAGAAAGACAAAAAGAGUGAUUCAUCAUCGCUAGGAGGAAGUGUAGGAAAUCUUAGAACUUCUGUGUUAUCAACACCCGACACUUCAACACCAAAAAGAUCACCUACAGAAGCAGAUCCAGGUGUAAUAAGUGAAGAUGAGGAUGAAUUUGCUUUUGAUGAUUUAUCUCAUAAAAGUUCUGGGAGCUCACUAAAUGUACAAAAUUCCUCUUACUUACCUCGGUCAGUAAAAUACACCCCAUCUCCUAAUAAUGCAUCACUUGAAAAUUUAGGAGGAGGUGAAUUUUUGAGACGAUCAACCAGUAGUAAUUUAGUAACUGCAGAAAAAACAGCUCCAUUGAAACCUGUUCGUUUAAGUCUUGAUACUUUUACAGCCCCACAAUUACCAGUACAAGUGUUAAAUAAAGAUGACGAAUGGUCUCAAAAACUUUACCCCAGAAAAUCUGUCAGUCAAACUAUGAUAGACAGAGAAAAAUCCUCCAGUUUAGAAAGAAACAAAAAAUUAGAUAGCCCUAGUUCUCUUAAAGAAAAGCCUAGUCCUAAGUUCUUCAAGAAGUUUGCAAGUAAUAAGCCUAAGAAACUACUUGAAGAACGUAUCAUUGUUGGUGAAGAAAACAUAGUUGAAGAAGAUACUAUCAACCCAGCAUUUAAUAAUUUACCAAAAACUGUAGUACAGCAGUAUGACGAUAUGACUCGAGAAGACCUCAUAGUAUUGAUUUAUAACUUACAGAAAGAUGUAGAAUCAGAAAAGAAAAAGAACAAGGAUCUGGAAAAUUACUUAGACGAACUGUUGCUGAGAGUAAUGGAGACAACACCGAGAAUUUUACAGAAUCCCUAUGUUAGAAAUAAUAGCAUGCAUAUCCGGAACAAGUAGAUUUUAUUAUUGUUGAACUUGUGGGAGUUGUAAUGCUUUGUAUGAAUUACAUUGCAAGGUCUAACCACAGUGAAUUUAGAUUUGAUCUAAUACUGAAUUAG